CAUACUGGUUGCGACCGUGUUGGUCUUUCGUGGACAAUCUUUGACCCACUUUCCUGACCCAACUGUGCACGAAGACAAUUGUUCGCACGAACUUGGUAUGAGCUGACAUCACUAUGUCCACCAUUGUCGGAGGCACACGUGAGCGCGAGCUGCAAAGCCUACUCAAGCAAAAGGACGCGGAAUUAAAGCAAGCUAACGAAGAGCUAGAGGAGCGCGGGAAACUUCUGUACAAGACCAAGGUUGCUAUCGAGCAGUUGCAGCAGGAGCUGACUGCUAGUCGUCGGGAGGAGCAGGCAAUCAGGGAGGAAGCAAACAGGGUUUGCGAGGAGCAGGCUGCGCAGUUGCGGCAGGCGGAGGACCAGGUUCGCGAGCUUGAGGAGCAGCUGCAGCAGGCAAACAAGCAAGCCAAGGAGGCGCAGGCCAAGGCGGCCUCUCUUGAGACCGAGCUACAGCAGUUCAAGUACCAGACGCAGCUCGAGGGCAACACCGCCGCGCAGAAGCUCCGCGACAAGGACAAGCGCGUUGCCUCGCUCGAGGAGGAGCUUGAGGGCGUCAAGGAGCAGGCAACCGGGCUGGAGAAGAUGCUGAAGGACACGAGGGCGAGGCUGGUGACUCUGGAGCUGGACCGGGAGGAGACGGAGCGGCUCAUACGCGACCUCACCUCCAAGAACAAGCAGCUCACCGCGGACAAGCAGGAGCUGGAGCACCAGCUGGAGGUGGCGAAGAACCUGGCGGAUGCGGCCAAGAGGGAGGCAGCGCGUGCGGUGCAGGCGCUGGAGGUCAGCGACAAGGAGAAGACUGCCAUCGAGAUCGACUGGAGCCGCAAGGUGGACAGGCUAGCGGCGGAGCAGGAAAUGAAGAUCCGGGAUGCCGAGAAGAAGCUGCGCGAGCUGGACACUGCGUGGCAGGACAAGCACGACGCGACGGAGCGCAGCUGGGUCAGCCGCAUGCAGGAGGUUGAGCAGCACUGGGAGAAGCGGCUGCGGGACGGCAUGACCGCCUGCGAGCGCAAGUUCGCGGAGGAGGUGACGGACUGGGAGCGCCGCAUCCGGGAGACGGAUGCGGCAUGGCAGGGCAAGGUGGUGGAGCUGGAGCAGCUGUGGCGCACGCGUCUAACGGAGGAGCAGCGCGCGCACGACUCCGACCGCGCGCACCUGGAGGCCCAGCUGCUAGCCCAGCGCGCGGAGCUGGAGACAGCCUGGUCGGCCCGCCUGGAGGACACCCGCCGCAGCCUGGAGACGGCCCUGGAGGAGGCCACCAUGCGUGCAGCUUCCGAGCGGGCUACCCUGGAGCAGUCGGCGGCGCUGGAGCGCACCGCCCUGGAGCAGGCGGCGGCUUCCGAGCGGGCGGCGUUGGAGCAGGCGGCGGCAACGGAGAGAGCGGCGCUGGAACGCAGCACGGCUAAGCGGUUGAAGGAGAUGGAGGCGGCCGCGACGAGGUUGGCGGAGGAGGCGCGUGGCAAGUGGGCGGCGGAGCGCGCGGCUGCGGAGGAGGCGUGGGCGAAUCGGACUGCGGAGGUGGAGGCCAAGUACCGCAAGAGGCUGGAUGAGAUGAAGCGCAAGGCGGCUGCACGUGAGCUGGAGAUUGACACCCAGUGGAAGGAGCGGCUGGAGGAUGUGAGCCGCAAGGCGGCUGCGGAGCGAGAGAUGCUGGCCAACUCCUGGAACGCCAGGCUGGCGGCGGCGCAGGAGGAGGCGGCCAUCCGCUACCGAGCGCUGCAGGAGGAGUUGGAUUCCAAGGUUGCCAGCAUCAGCACCCGGCUUGCGGACAUGGCGGGCAAGGAGGGGCGCCGGGAGGUGCAGCGCGGCGAGCUGGCCAGGCAGUUGGAGGACCUUCAAGCGCUGCACGACGCGGAGACGAAACGUCGCAGCGAGCUGGAGCGGGCACUGCGCGACGCAGCGGCCAUGUUCAAGGCCGAGCUGUACGACAAGCAGGCUGAGCUGGACGCCGCGUAUCGCGAGGCCCGCAGCCUGCGGCAGCAGCUGGCACUGCAGGACGUCAUUACCUCCUCGCCGCGACUGAGGUCGGCAGCAGCAGCGGCAGAGGGCGCAGCGAACCUGGUGACGUCUGCGGACGGCAGCGGCGUGACGCACUCUCCAUCACGACCCUUCCACACCACCUUCACCACCGGGAACACCCACACCGCUGGCAGCGGGGCGCAGAGCCUCGCAGCGGACCUGGACGCGGAGCUCAGCGCGCUGCGGGCGGCCCGCGCCGAGUACCAGCGGUCCAUAACUGCCACGCACGACACGCGCGCGGGGCUGUACGACCGGACCGAGGCGCGUGCGGACGCCCGCAGCUUCAGCGCCAACAACAGCCCGGCCGUGAACAAGGUCCGGCAAGACACACGCCAGCCCACACGCAGCCCUGGCAGCAAGGCCGCUAAGUUCAUCAACAGGAUGCUGUUGGAUGAGGAUACCACGGCCGAGCCUCAGUUCCGCAGCGACAGCGUGUCGACCACGUCGACUGACCCAACCUUUGACGCGUGGCGAAACCGACUGUCCACACGCCUUUCAUCGGCGCUGAGAAAGCUGGAGCCGAGUGUUCGGUAGCGCAUCGUGGUUGAGUGCUCCUUUAUGGCGCUGUCCCUUCUGCUUAAAUGUAUAUCAUCAUAUGAUAAUCUGUAACAUAAACCAAGCAUAAG